AUGAUGUGUGUUUUGAUCAUUAACGUCCUCUUAUCACUUUUAAUUAGCGUGUCUUCAGAAGAAACAUGUGGUUCGAACGAAGUAUUGGAAAAUUGUUCACGGAAUUGCAGUUACGAUAAUUGUCCGAAAGACCGCUUCUCUGACGAAGCUCCCUGCGAUAAGUCUGGUGACUGUCCACCGCCUGCCUGUAAGUGCUCGUUCAAUUAUCGCCGAGCUUCUAAUGGAACCUGUAUACCUACAACGGACUGCCCUCCAUUCGAAUGCCCCGAGAAUGAAAUUUAUAACCCAUGCCCGCCUUCCUGCCCAACUGACGACUGCAGUAAUGCUUUACUUGAUGUAACCUGCCCUAUACUUUUCGUUCUGAGCUGCACUCCUUCAUGUAGAUGUAUCGAAGGUUUCUAUAGAAAUGAUGGAAUUUGUGUACCUUAUGAAGAAUGUCCUCAAUUUAAAGGGCAGCGA